CAUGGAGGAUCCAAGAUGGCGGCGCUGGCGUACACGCGCGGGCGGCGCGAGAUCAACCAGUACUUCAGUGUGAGCAGCGCCAAGGGGCUCGCGCUGGCCGCCGUGCUGCUGCUGGCCGCCGGCCACGCUGCGCUGCGCCACUAUCCGGGCCAUGAUUCCUGUGAACACCUUCUCUCAAGCGGUAGAUUUCUUGGAGAGAAAGUUUGGCAGCCUCACAGCUGUAUGAUGCACAAAUAUAAAGUCAGUGAAGCAAAGAACUGCCUCAUAGAUAAACAUAUUGCUUUUAUCGGGGACUCCAGAAUUCGUCAGUUAUUUUAUUCUUUUGUAAAAAUAAUUAAUCCUCAAUUCAAAGAAGAAGGAAAUAAGCAUGAAAACAUUCCUUUUGAAGACAGAAUUUCAUCAGUUAAAGUGGAUUUCCUGUGGCACCCCGAAGUUAAUGCUUCCAUGAAACAGUGUGUCAGAUUGUGGACUGAGGAACCUGUUGGAAAGCCCCACGUCAUCGUCGCAGGAGCUGCCACGUGGUCCAUAAAGAGCCACAACGGCAGUGAGGAGGCCCUCGCCCAGUAUAAGACCAACAUCACUUCUCUCGCACCACUUUUAGAGAAAUUAGCAAAGACUAGCGAUGUUUACUGGGUCUUACAAGAUCCCGUCUAUGAAGACCUGCUGAGUGAAAACAGGCGGAUGAUUACCAAUGAGAAGAUCAAUGCUUACAACGAAGCCGCCAUCAGCGUUCUCAAUGGCAGCUCCAAGAAUGCCAAGUCCAGGGUCAAAGUGUUCCGUGUUUCCCAGCUCAUAGCCCAAGAAACCAUCAUGGAAUCUGUGGACGGCCUCCAUCUCCCAGAGUCAAGUCGAGAAACAAGCGCCAUGAUUCUCAUGAACGUGUGCUGCAACAAAGUGGUGAGGCCCAUCGACGGCUCCUGCUGCCAGCCCCUCGAGGCCCCCACGCUCACCCAGAAGCUGGCGGCCGGCUUCUUCGGCCUCUCCAUCGCGGGCUGCCUGGUCCUGCACCUCGUGCAUCGACACAGUCACCGGAGGAGCCGGCUGUGCACCGACGUGGAGGCUGGGGAGGAGAAGAAGGCAGCCCCUGCGCCCCCCGCCUGCCCCUCAGAAGUGGUCCUGCAGUCAUGCUGCAAGCUGGGUCUGAUCAUGGCCUACUUCUACCUGUGCGACCGCGCAGAUCUGUUUAUGAAGGAGAACAAGUUUUACACCCACUCCUCCUUCUUCACACCCAUCAUCUAUAUCCUGGUUUUAGGAGUGUUUUAUAACGAAAAUACCAAAGAGACCAAGAUGUUGAACCGGGAGCAGACGGAGGAGUGGAAGGGCUGGAUGCAACUAGUCAUCCUCAUCUAUCACAUCUCGGGGGCCAGCACUUUUUUGCCUGUGUAUAUGCACAUUAGGGUUCUGGUUGCUGCAUAUCUAUUUCAAACAGGUUACGGGCACUUCUCGUACUUUUGGAUCAAAGGAGACUUUGGAAUUCACCGAGUAUGUCAGGUAUUAUUUCGUCUCAAUUUCCUGGUCGUGGUGUUAUGCAUCGUGAUGGACAGGCCUUACCAAUUCUACUACUUUGUUCCCUUAGUCACUGUGUGGUUCUUGGUCAUCUAUGUCACCUUAGCUUUGUGGCCCCAGAUCACCCAAAAGAAAGCUAACGGAAGCUGCUUCUGGCAUUUGGGUGCGCUGAUGAAACUCGCGUUCCUGCUCGUCUGUGUCUGCUUCCUGGCGUAUUCUCAGGGGGCGUUUGAGAAGAUCUUUUCUCUUUGGCCAUUGUCCAAGUGUUUUGAAUUGAAUGGAAAUGUCUAUGAGUGGUGGUUCCGGUGGAAAUUGGACCGCUACGUUGUAUUCCAUGGAAUGUUGUUUGCGUUUGUUUACCUGGCCUUGCAGAAGCGCCAGGUGCUCUCCGAGGGGAAAGGGGAGCCCCUGCUCCCCAGCAGGAUGUCGAACGUGCUGCUCUUUGUUUCCGUGGUCUCCUUCUUGACCUACUCCAUCUGGGCCAGCAGCUGUAAGACCAAAGCCGAGUGCAACGAGCUGCAUCCCGCGGUGUCCGUCGUGCAGAUUCUAGCUUUCAUUCUCAUCAGAAACAUCCCGGGAUAUGUCCGCUCAGUGUAUAGCUCGUUUUUCGCUUGGUUUGGGAAAAUAUCAUUAGAGCUCUUCAUCUGCCAAUACCAUAUCUGGCUGGCCGCAGACACCAGGGGCAUCUUGGUUCUUAUUCCUGGCAACCCGAUGCUCAACAUCACGGUCAGCACUUUCAUCUUUGUGUGUGUGGCCCAUGAAAUCUCGCGCAUCACCAAUGACCUUGCCCAGAUCCUCAUCCCCAAAGAAAGCGCAGCUCUCUGGAAGAGGCUGGCCUGCAUCGCGGGCUUCUUCUCUGCUCUCCUCCUCCUGUCCUCCAUCCAAGGGGAACGCAGGCAGUAGCCAUCCCGAGGCCUACAGGCGAGAUUGUGUGUGUGCCUGGGCGGCCCUCGAGGACUGUGGGAAGCCUGAUCCUCUGCAGCAGGGUUGUGCUGGUGCCCCCUGCACUUUUCGAAGACGUUUUCUUAGUGUCUGUGUGGUGAUGUCCAAGUGACUUGGGUGGGCUGCAUGUUUCCUGACACAGUCGCCAUUGUCCCCCUUGGGGUCUGCUUGGUUCCGCCCCCACUCAGGGGUCCUGUGCCAUGCCUGUGCUAGUGCUGUGUGUUGGCUUUUAAAAAGACAAAUUUUUCCACCCAGAAUUCCUCCCUUCCCCCCUUGACUUUUCAUUACCAGCUCCGCAAGGAGGAGGUCACUUAGGUCAUGGAUCGAUUGGACAUUUUUCUCCAUUUAUUCAUUUUUACAUAUGAUUUCCAACGUUUGGAAAGUCCUUCCCAACCUCCAUUCAGCCUUCCCACGUUCAUCUCACCAUGUUCUUUGCUGAGCGAUGGAUUGGGGGUUUGUGAUAUAAGUCUUGGACCGACUUUAAUGAGGCUUUGAAGGAAACGUGUCAGGAGCAUUUCCUUUCUUUUUGUUUUUUUUACAAGCUGACUAUUGUAGACAGGGUUUAUUUAUCUGUUGUACAGAUCGGGUUAUGAUUUUUAUGGUUCAAAAGAUUGCACUUGUUUACUGUGGGGGGGUAAAUAUAUUUUCUGUUAAUGUUACGUGAACGUGUGAAGUAAUUUAAAAAGUAAAUAAUUGUUUUGUUGGGAUGCUUAUUUUUGUAUUGGCAAGAGAUCAAUUAAACUGCUUGCUUCAUGUGUUUCUUUUGUA